CCAAUAUUUUUUCAUAGCCUUAACUUCAUGUCGAUCGUAGUUAUUACAACAUGACACAUAAUUAGUAAUGUGUAAUUAACUGUAAUACUUUAAAAAUGGUGACUAGUUGAUCAAGUCGGCCAGAAAAUACCAAAAAGUCCUCAAAAGUCUGAUGUGAUCUCGUGCUUUAAUCGGAUUUUAAAACAAAGAAUGUAUAGACUGAAAAAAAUAUCCGCCGGUGAAAACAUAACAUACUACUCUUUUCAAAUAAGCUUUCUCUUUUUUUUUUUUUCUAAACACUUUGUGUUGUUUUUUUGGUUCUUUUUGAAUUGAGAAGUCGGCAAACAUAAGGUAUUGGUGAUGGAGAACGAAAUUGGAGGGCUGAGACACAUGUUGACGACGGUCUUCCUUUCUGGCUUCGCCGGAUUCAUGGUAGUACCUGUCAUUACCGACGUCACCGUUGCUGCCGUGUGCUCCGGUCCAGGCGACUCAUGUUCUCUGGCCGUUUACCUCACUGGUUUCCAACAAGUGGCAAUAGGGAUGGGGACGAUGAUAAUGAUGCCGGUAAUUGGGAAUCUAUCAGACAGAUAUGGGAUUAAAACAAUCCUUACACUUCCUAUGUGUCUCUCCAUUAUUCCUCCUGUAAUUUUAGCGUUCAGAAGGGAUACAAAAUUCUUCUAUGUGUUUUAUAUAAGCAAGAUUCUGACCGCUAUGGUAUGCGAAGGAACUGUCGACUGCCUCGCUUAUGCUUAUGUGGCAGAAAAUAUUCACGGCAGUAGAAGAAUAUCAGCAUUUGGUAUUUUAGCUGGUAUCAAAACAAUCUCAGGACUUUUCGGAACAUUAGUUGCUCGUUUUCUAUCCAUAGCUUUGGUUUUUCAGGUUUCUGCUAUAUCAUUUCUCGUUGGUCUGGUGUACAUGAGAGUUUUCCUAAAGGAAAGGCUCAACGUUGAAGAAGAUAAUGAUCAUAAUCAUGGUACGCAUGAUCAAGAUGUCGGAAGGUUAACAGAGCCGAUUCUGAGCAACACACCCAUUAAAACACGUGUCUUUCACAAGAAGUAUUCUUCAUUGAAAGAUAUGAUCAGCUUGAUGAAGACUAGCACCAUAUUCGUACAAGCAUUGGUUGUUACAUUCUUCAGCAGUUUCUCAGAUAGUGGAAUGGAGUCUGCUUUCUUGUACUUUUUGAAAGCACGUUUUGGAUUUGACAAGAAACAGUUUGCUGAUCUCUUGUUGUUGGUUACUAUCGUUGGAUCUAUCUCUCAACUCUUUGUACUACCAAGAUUUGCAUCUGCCAUUGGAGAACGCAAGCUUUUAUCAACAGGACUUUUUAUGGAAUUCAUAAACAUGGCCAUUGUCAGCAUUUCUUGGGCACCAUGGGUUCCUUAUUUAACCACUAUCUUUGUACCUGGAGCCUUGUUUGUGAUGCCGUCAGUUUGUGGUAUUGCCUCAAGACAGGUCGGACCUGGCGAGCAGGGAAAGGUGCAAGGAUGCAUAUCUGGAGUGAGGUCGUUUGGCAAAGUCUGUGGGCCAUUUGUAUUCAGUCCAUUGACAGCAUUGUUUCUUUCGGAAAAUGCACCGUUCUAUUUCCCUGGAUUCAGCCUUCUUUGCGUCUCCUUGUCCUCGUUGGUCGGGUUCUUUCAAAGUCUAUUGAUUGAAGAUGUUCCUAUUCCACCAUUGAGCAAAGCAAUCAACAAGACCUCAGGGGACGAAGUGUGAUUACAACAAAUCAUCAAGUAUAUAAGAAAAGAGUGUAUAUAUAGCUUUGUAGUAUGUGAUAAAAAUUUAUAUGUCGAUAUAUUGAAAAUAUGAUAACUUUGUGUGACACUUGUUUCUUCUAAUAAACUAGUUCGAGUCCGGCUAA